UCAUGGGGCCCCCGGGCAAUAGGGGAUCAUGGGGCCCCUGUGUCCUUGCCCAAACUCAAAAAAGCCUAUGAAAAAGGUACCAGGGGCAUCUCAUGGGGCCCCCUACUGACCCUGGGCCCUCCGGCUGUGCCCGAGUUUCCAAAUGGUCAGUCCGCACCUGGGGAGGGAGCAUUUUUAAAAUGGUGACUGAAUAGAGUCCGUUUUUACCCAACAAAGUUGAUAAGGUGAAGCUGUGUUCACUUUGAACAGCCAAUCAUGUGCUAGGGAAAUAAAAAAGUAAGACUGGAGGAUUCAAGAUGAUCAAUGUGAACACA